AAAGGGAGUGUGUAUAUUGUGUCAACCAUAGCUAAUGUUGAGAAGUUGUUAAAACAAGUUACCAAUAUCUAAUACAAUUCCUUACAUUAGCUAAAUGGAAUGGAUUUCCUGUUUUUGAUUAAAAUAAUUGUGGGUAGCUAGCUAGUUGAUUCAAGAUGCAAUCAGACAUGGCAUUGUAAAAAUUUAGUUUGGUUGGCUAGCUAGCGUUAGCAUAACUAAGCUAACUACUUUUGUACAAAUGAUGUUCUUGCUGUUAUCUAAAGAAACGCCCGGGAAUGUGUUUAUGGUUGAACUUAAUGUCAGUUUUCCUUUUAACUGUUGUUCAAAGCGGUGCGCGUCGUGCACCACAAGAGCCCGACAGCGCUACUGAGACCGAGGUCACACUGACUGCCAGGGGUGACCAGGCACAGAGUGUGUUGUGUGUUGCGCUUAAAACGGUCCGUGUGGAAACGCGCGCUCAAAAGGGUCCGUGUGAUGUAGAAAUGGAGACGUGAUUAACGGUGUCCCAAUUUUGUUUUUACGGAAUUACAAAUGUCACGCGUUAUUAACGAGUUAACUUUGACAGCCCAAGUUUUAAAACAUAAUAGCUUUCAUUUUCAAAUAGAAAAAGGUAGUGGAAUAUAGUAACUGAUUUGAAGUUUGUAAUUAGUUUGGCUCAAUUUCAAGGACAAAAACAUUUUCAACGUUUUUAUAUGUUUAUCAAAAAAGUCUAAUGUUUCCAAAAAUGUUAAUCUGGGAAAGGUGAGAGAAUCCGGCUUUAGCUUUGGUAUGGGGGGACACAUUUUGGUAGAAUGUUAUUUUUUUUUACUAAGGUGUUUUUCACCAAAGUUGACUGGUAUGAUAUUCUUUGAUAUGUUGACUGCAUAUAUUUUCUAAACACAACCCCCCAUCCCCUUUUUUUCUCCACUUUUAUAUAUUUGAUAUUUACAAAGGUUUUUGUAUGAAUGUGUUGUAUUUUUCUUGUGUGUAGUCACUAGCUGCCAAUGCUUUACCAACAAUAUUACAAAGACACUGAAUAAUAGAUAUGGUGGUGUGCCCAAGAGCAGCUGGUUAAGAACAUCCCACUUUUGUUUUCAGAUUCUUGUGUUUAACUUUUUAAUCUAGGAGACAUUUAUUUACAAGACGAACUGACAUGGUACUGAACGAGCAGCUUUGACUAUCAAUAUAUUUUAAAAGCUUGAGGUACUUUUUUUUUAUGAUUCAAAACAUGUUUAUUUAUGGCUUCCUGCAUGAUGCUGCUUUUUUAUACCCAGAUGUUUUUCCUUUUCUAAAUGAUUUGUGUGUCUGACAUUGAAUAUCCUGUGUUGAUGGGUAUAGGAAGCAUGAUGGAACUACCUGUGUUGAUGGGUAUAGGAAGGAUGGUGGAACAACCUGUUGAGUUGUAAUCUUGACUCCGGCUGCAUCCCAAAUGGACCCCCCCCCCCCCCCCCCCCCCCCCCCUAUAUAGUGCACUAUAUGAGCCCUGGUCAAAAGUAUUAGCAUUCCAUUUGGGAUGUAGUCUUAGAUCCCUUUUCACACUGCCAAGGCAGUAGAGUAAUGUCCAAUACAUGCCAAGGCAGUAGAGUAAUGUCCAAUACAUGCCAAGGCAGUAGAGUAAUGUCCAAUACAUGCCAAGGCAGUAGAGUAAUGUCCAAUGCAGGCCAAGGCAGUAGAGUAAUGUCCAAUACAUGCCAAGGCAGUAGAGUAAUGUCCAAUACAUGCCAAGGCAGUAGAGUAAUGUCCAAUACAUGCCAAGGCAGUAGAGUAAUGUCCAAUACAUGCCAAGGCAGUAGAGUAAUGUCCAAUACAUGCCAAGGCAGUAGAGUAAUGUCCAAUACAUGCCACGGCAGUAGAGUAAUGUCCAAUACAUGCCAAGGCAGUAGAGUAAUGUCCAAUACAUGCCAAGGCAGUAGAGUAAUGUCCAAUACAUGCCAAGGCAGUAGAGUAAUGUCCAAUACAUGCCAAGGCAGUAGAGUAAUGUCCAAUACAUGCCACGGCAGUAGAGUAAUGUCCAAUACAUGCCACGGCAGUAGAGUAAUGUCCAAUACAUGCCAAGGCAGUAGAGUAAUGUCCAAUACAUGCCAAGGCAGUAGAGUAAUGUCCAAUACAUGCCAAGGCAGUAGAGUAAUGUCCAAUACAUGCCACGGCAGUAGAGUAAUGUCCAAUACAUGCCAAGGCAGUAGAGUAAUGUCCAAUGCAUGCCAAGGCAGUAGAGUAAUGUCCAAUGCAUGCCAAGGCAGUAGAGUAAUGUCCAAUGCAUGCCAAGGCAGUAGAGUAAUGUCCAAUGCAUGCCAAGGCAGUAGAGUAAUGUCCAAUGCAUGCCAAGGCAGUAGAGUAAUGUCCAAUGCAUGCCAAGGCAGUAGAGUAAUGUCCAAUGCAUGCCACGGCAGUAGAGUAAUGUCCAAUGCAUGCCAAGGCAGUAGAGUAAUGUCCAAUGCAUGCCAAGGCAGUAGAGUAAUGUCCAAUGCAUGCCAAGGCAGUAGAGUAAUGUCCAAUACAUGCCAAGGCAGUAGAGUAAUGUCCAAUACAGGCCACGGCAGUAGAGUAAUGUCCAAUACAGGCCACGGCAGUAGAGUAAUGUCCAAUACAGGCCAAGGCAGUAGAGUAAUGUCCAAUACAGGCCAAGGCAGUAGAGUAAUGUCCAAUACAGGCCAAGGCAGUAGAGUAAUGUCCAAUACAUGCCAAGGCAGUAGAGUAAUGUCCAAUACAUGCAGUGUAAUUCUGUGUCCAUGUUUCUGUUCAAUAAACAAACUGAAAAUACUUGUGAUUUUUGUUUUAGCUGUCUCCAUGAAUAUUUAGUCAUUUGUCCUAGGUUAUUGGAAUAUGAAUUAAAUGUACUAAUGAAAAUGUU